CGCUUGAGCCGGUGGGCAGUACGAGAUGUAUUUAAGUUGAAGCAGUUUUCCCAGCUCCCUGCUAAUGUAGCAGUCUGUAGUGCCAAGGAGACAAUUUGAGGAGAUGGUAUCCCACUUUAAUAUGGGAUCAGUGGAAGAACUCGCAGAACAUAUUGCAAAAGCUACAUCAGAAACAAGGCAGAAGAUGUUGAAGGAAUUCUACAUUUCCAAGUAUCCAGAGAUGGAGUCUUUCUUCCCAGUUGAAAUAUCAGCACAAGCUUCACACGACUAUGAGGAAAGAGAACUGGGUACAACACACUCCAAAAAAAGAAAAUCCAUUGUUAAUAUUGGAAGAUCUAAGUCUAGAACUUCAUCAGCUGAAGGCCGACGUCUGAGUGGAACUACGGAAACACAGAGCCAGCAGAGCUGUAAAGGAGGAGUAGAGCAGCUUCACAGUGACUCCUACUUGCAAGAUGUGUGUGUUGAUGCAAAAUAUAAACAAUCACCCACUGUUGCUACUCAACAUAUCGAAAGGAGAAACAGUCAGGCAUUCAAGGAUUUUAUGGCAUCUGGCUCAUUAAGCAGUAAAUCAGAAAUAAUUGAGGUGCUGCCUGUAAAAAGUUGUGAAGGACAGCAGGACUCAGAAGGAACACGGCUGCCAAGAAAAAGAUCCCCAUCUCAGUCAGAAAAUGGGGAGAGAAAAGCUCAGACUUGUAAGAAAAAGUCCUUUGUGGACUUGCUUGGAGAUACCUCUAUUCUAAAUGACCUCUUCAGAAAUGAUGGAAAUGGGCCUACGGAAUCACCAAGGAGAUUCCCUUCAGGGCAAGCAGAAAAAUCAAAGGAGAGACCAAAAGAUUUCUGGGACAUGCUGAAUGAAAAGAAUGAGGAGAGCCUCAGAAAGCUCACGGACAUAGCAGUCAUAGAGAAGCUAUGUGAAAGAGCACCUCAUCCCCCAGUGACAGAAGAGAGAGAAGUGUGUGAAAGUUCUCUUUGGAAAAAAAAUGAAAAUUUUCUAUGGAAAAAAUACAGUCCAGAUGAUUCAGAUGAACCAUCCACUGCUACAUCUUGUAAUGUAGUAAAAUGAAAGUUUUUUAUGUGAGUUGCACUGUAAUUAUUUUAAUGUUCAGCUAGAAUAUCCACAACUUCAGCAGUAUGCAGCAAAACGUGAUACCUCCAUGAAA